GCAAACGCAGCACGUAAAACAAAAUAGAUGCCACCACAAAUCAGCGACAGAGGACGUCAAGUUGUCUGCGAAAGUAGCCACCAGUGCUCCCAGGCGGAGUGGAGUCAUAUUUGUAAAAGAUUGAAAAGCACAGACAACGACUUACCUAGACGGCCCUAGUUAGUUAGCUCCAAGAUCAACCCAGUUAACGUUAUUCCGUCAAUCCAAAAGAGUCUCAAGAAAAACCGACGUUUCUCAGACUAAAGGUCAGCUCACCAGGCAGCAGACAUCACCAUGGCCCAGGAAACUAAUCAGAGCCCAGUCCCUAUGCUCUGUGCUAAUGGCUGUGGUUUCUAUGGCAACCCUAGGACUAAUGGCAUGUGCUCCGUGUGCCACAAGGAGCACCUGUCAAGACAGAACAAUGGAGGAGUCGGUUCUAUGAGUGUUAUGGGCAGCAGCAGUGGCCCCACAGCCGAGGCUUCUGCCAUCCAGAGGUUAGGGGCCACCUUGAAUAACGCUGCAGCUGCUGCCGUGGCUGCUGCAGAGGUGGCAGCUGAGGCCGCCGCGUCGGCUGAGGCUGCUGCCUCCGUGGCUUUCAGUGGAGUUUCAACUACCAGAUCUGUAACCCAACAGAUGACUGAGAUGAGUCUCUGCUGUGAGGAGAAAGGAGCGUCGGGGAGCAACGUGGAGCUCACAGAGCCAGUGUUGACUCAGCCCACGUUCUCAGCCUCUCAUCCCUCCGCGGCUGGCAGCAGGGAGUCCAAAGCCCCGGAGCCCCCAAAACCCAAGAAGAAUCGCUGCUUUAUGUGCCGCAAAAAGGUUGGCCUUACAGGUUUCGACUGCCGCUGUGGGAAUCUGUUCUGUGGACUUCACCGUUACUCCGAUAAGCAUAACUGUCCGUACGACUACAAAGCUGAGGCUGCCGACAAGAUUCGCAAAGAGAACCCCGUGGUCGUUGCCGACAAGAUCCAGAGAAUAUGAAGAGGACCCCGUUUUACUUUUGAACACUGGAAGCAAACGGCUUCAAAAGAAAAGGAAAAAAAUGGACUCGACCCCAACCUUCUUCCUGAAGGACCUUUUUUUUUUUUUUUUUUUUUUUUUUUUUUUUUUUUCUUCUGUCGUUUGUUACACAUUCAAGACUUUUUCCCUAGUGCAUGAAAAGUUCACCUAUGUUUUUCAGCGUUCAUUCUUGUCUGUAUGAGUUUAUCACUUUUGGGAGGGUUGUUUGUGAGGAUGGGGGCGGG